AUGAGCGAGCUCUACAAGGAGGCGGCGGCGCUGCUGCACAAGCUGGAGCUGCGGCAGGGCGGACUCAAGAGCCUGGCGUACGCCGAGUCGACGGUGCACAAGCGCAGCUCGUUCGCGCUCGUGUGCGAGACGCUGCGCUACAAGCCGCUGCUGCGCAAGCUGCUGGCGGCCGUGCCCGAGUGCCACAAGGCGCUCAAGACGCCCAAGACCGCCAAGGAGCCGCCCGCGCUCGUGUUCGUGGCGCUCUACGACCUGCUCUUCGGCCGGCAAAAGAUCCAGGGCGGCGGCUACGUCAAGAAGGCGCUCGUGCAGCACCAGACGGCCUUCCGCGCGGCGCUGGCGCGGUUCAAGAUCAAGCGCAAGGUGGCGUCCAACGAGGCGCUGCUGCCGCCCGAGAACCGUCAGCAGCACCUCGCCCUGCCGCGCUACGUGCGCGUCAACACGCUGCUGGCGUCCCCCGAGGAGGCCGAGGCCUUUACGCGCGAGUACGACGCCAAGCAGGACCGAGAUGUGCGCGAUCUGCUCGUGCUGCCCUCGGGCACGGAGCUGCACGAGCACGAGAUGGUCAAGAGCGGCAAGCUCGUGCUGCAGGACAAGGCCAGUUGCUUCCCGGCCUUCGUGCUGCACGGAGAGCACGCCGACGCCGAGGACAAGCAGGGCGACGUGAUCGACGCGUGCGCCGCGCCCGGCAACAAAACCAGUCACCUGGCCAUGCUGCUGCAGCAGCAGGAUGGAGACGGAGAGGACGGCGCUGAGCCCAAGCGCCACGUGUUCGCAUUCGACCGAUCGCCCAAGCGUCUGGAGCUUCUCAAGCGGCGCAUGCAACUGGCCGGCGCUGCGACGCGCGUGCAGGCCGAGCUGAUGAGCUUUCUCGAGGUCCCCGUGGACGGCGAGAAGUACCGCAACGUGCGGAGUAUCUUGCUCGACCCGUCGUGCUCUGGGUCAGGAAUGACGAAUCGCUUGGAUCACUUGCUGGACAUCGCGAGCUCGCGUGACACGGUACUCGAACCGGAAGAGGGCGCCGAGUACGAAGAAGACACCGCCAAGCGCCUGCAGUCGCUCGCAGACUUCCAGCUGGAGGCUCUGCGCAAGGCGUUCUCGUUCCCGCAGGUGGAGCGCGUGGUGUACUCGACCUGCUCCAUUUUCCAGAAGGAGGACGAGGAAGUUGUUGCUGCGGCCUUGAAAUCGGAGGAAAAUGUCCGCGCGGCUCGGCCGUUUGUGCUGAAGCCUGCUCUGACAUCCUGGCCGCGUCGAGGACUUGAAGUCGCGGGGCUGUCGGCGGAGCAGGCCAAGACGCUUGUUCGGGCAAAUGGUCUGGAGGACUCCACGAAUGGCUUCUUCGUGGCUUACUUUGAGCGGGCUGACAGAGUUGGCGGCGAGGCGGUAGCAGCAGCAAGCGACGAUUCUGACAAGAAAACUGAGGCACCAACGACCGCAUACGUUGAGUCUACUGAAAAGGAGGGACUGGCUGAGACUGCUGCUACUGGUAAGAAGCGCAAGGUGCUGUCUGCUGCUCAAAAGGAGAACCGCAAGCGUCGGAAGCGCGAGAAGCGCAAGAAGAACGGCCAUGCCAAGUCAAACAAACCGAGUAAAGAAGAGGAAGAGGAAGUGGAAGAGGAGGAGGAAUAAAAUGUCUCAUAUUGUUAUAGCGAGUAGGUACGUUCGAGUUGUGUAUAAUUGCAAUGGUUCCUUUGCUUUG